AUGCCCUGGCUGUAUGAGGCGAGGGCGACGACGACAAGGUCAACGGGCAUCUAUCCCGCUCCGACGAUCUAUCGAGAUGGCUCAGGACUUGUUGAUCGACCCCUGCAUGACGCCUUCGCGGAGUUGGAGUCGACGACAGUGUCGAGACUCGUGGGGAUGUACAUCGACUACAUCCACGAUCAGCCGCACUCGCUGUUCCAUGUUCCUACACUACGUUCCGGUGUCCUCCACGGAACCAUAGAGAAACCGCUCCUCUGCAGCAUCUUGGCGCUCUCUGCCAGGUUUCACGCAGACGAAAGCGUACGAAGUCUCGGUGACAAGCUGGCAAAACAAGCCGCGUCCCUGCUCAAAAACGAUCUCGAGACCAUGUCACUCUCUCGCAUCCAAGCCUGGGUUCUGCUCGGUAACGUGGCUGGGUCGACUGGUGACUCGUCAUCAGAAGCGAUGUACUUUGGCAUUGCCAUGCGGUGCGCUCAGAUCAUGGGACUGUCAAACGCGCACGCAGAGGACGGUGCUGUGCUCAGCGAGACGAAGUCUAGGGUAUGGUGGACCUUGUACAUGAUUGAUCGAUGGCCCUCCGCAGGUCUGGGUAUCCCCCGUCAAAUGGGUGAGCGUCGACCUUCGCAGCAACUACCGCUGGACGAAUGGGCUUUCCGUGCGCUGCCUUCUGAGCAAGCAAGUUGGCCCAAGACACCGCAACCGGGGAUGUGGGCUUACAUGAUCACGCUUGCUGAAAUUUUUGGUUCCAUUCACGACCUGAACAAGUUGUCAGCUAUGCAUCAAGUCAAUCCGCAAGAAACGCAAUCCGCCGUGGAAAGCCUUGCACGUUCUCUGUCAGACUGGCAGGGGAAUCUGCCCCAGCCUCUCAGGUUGAGCAAGGAGACCUUGGAGCUGCACCGGGGUCGAGCUCAAGGAAGAACAUUUGUUGCACUUCACUUGGGAUACUACCAUUACGCAACUCUGCUCUUCUUCCAAUUCUUGGAUCAGUCUGCGGAGGAUACGCCGCACGCCGCCGAAAACGCUCGCAAAUGCCGUGAAUCUGCCUCAGCGUUCAGCGACCUCUUGCGUGCCUCCUACGAUACACCUUGUUGUGAGGCCAUGUAUGUUAUUGUAGGCCACAUGGCCGUGGUCUCUUCUUCUGUGUUGAUGCACAUACUGCUCUUCGGCGAAGAGGACGAACUCCCUGCCGCCAGGAGACGUCUUGAGUUGAAUUUUGAGAUCUUGCUCAAGCUCAGGAGCUGGUGGCCGAGCGUAGAAGGCAUGACUGCGCGGCUGUUCUUGUUCCAAAACAUGUGCAUCCGCUCAGUCGGCAAUCAUUUCAAAUUCGAUCGGUGGAUGGUAAAAUUCAUCCUCGAGCAUGCCAUUACUCUCGACGACAAAGCCGAGAUGGAACAGCUGCAGACCACUUCGCCUGAGAGCGUUGAGUCACCUGAAGCACCUGAGUUGCGCCGUUUGAGUCACAGAGGGCGGUCUACCCAGAGUGCAUUGUCGAUGCUCAAGCGAUGA